ACUACCGGUUAUACGCGACGGUUUCUCUCUCUCUUUCUUUUCCUCACCCGAAAGAACUUCUUUCAUGAACGAGACGGAAAGGAAAUGCAAGAGACGUUUUUGACCAGAGGCAAGCGGAUGUUGCUACCAAAUAAAGAAGAAGAAAUCAUCGUGAACCCGAGAAUGGUUUCCUUGACCAGUCUCUGGUUUUUCUUCAGUGCUGAAUUUUUAAUUGGCAUUGCCGUAUCUGCUUUCUUAGCUCUCCUCAAUGCAAUUAAGUCAUUUUUGCCGAAACCUCCGAGGGACUUAACCGGUGAUGUAGUUUUAAUAGCCGGUGCCUCCUCGACUCUCGGCGGGUCUCUCGCCGAGGAAUUCGCGGAGAGCGGAUGUUCCGUGAUCUGCAUGGAUGACGACCUGCGAUCGCUCGAGGAGAUAACUACAAAGCUGCGAUCGCAAUACCGCCGAGCGCGGGAGAUCGAGCAUAACAGGGAGAGCGCGUCGCGGGAUGCGGAAUCGACAAUAACGGCGUACGAGUGCGACCUCUUAGACUACAACGCCCUCCGCAAGAUCGCGAAGAAGGUCGAGGACGAGGUCGGCGGUGUCGACGUCCUAGUGACCUGCGCCGGCCAGCCUAAUCAGGAUAUUCCCGAUACGGCCACUAGGACUCUCAUGAGCCACUAUUGGACGACGUUGGCAUUUUUGCCGUACAUGCUGCGACGUGAGCGGGGAGCGUUCGUGGUCGGAAUCAUGCCGGUUGCGUCCACGCAAAACAGAUACUUGGCUUCGAGGGCCGCGAUCGCCGGUCUCAUGGAGAACAUAGGUCAAAACUUGAGCAACCACGACAGUCGCCUCACCUUCCUCGCGAUGUCACCGACGAUGGAGAACGGUUCGAUGGGGGAAAGCGAACAGCAAGUGGCGAAGGAGGUUGUCCAGGCGGUCGGAAGGAAGUGCAAUGUGCAUUUCAGUUGGAGCUCGAAGAUAUUGUACCGACUAAGCCUCAUGAUUUAUAGUGCAAUCACCGCGAUCACACAAUAGCUUCACACGCGGGGAUGCGAUUAUUCCCUUUAAAUCCUGUUCUUGCUCAUGGAGCGUGAAGCAUUCCAGAGUCGACCGCCGACACGAGUGUGGGAAUUCGCGUUUUCAAUGUCGGUGAAUUCACUCCAGAUGGACGGCAAAAAAAGCUUCAACGAUUGUCCGAAGCUCGAGUAACGAGUGCCUUCCCACGAGUGCUGCAAGGAUCGGCAGAUGUACUCGGAUAGCUCAAGUAUCCAUGUAAUAGACCUGAUAAAGCGAACGUCACGAUUUUAAGGGAAAAUUGUCACCGAGAAUACUCGGAUUUUGAUUGAUAAAUGCAACUCGUCCGCACAUUUCUCCAUCUUCCAUCAAACGUUUAUAGCUGUGUUGUAUCAUCUACAAAUCCCAUCUGCAUGAUAUUCAUUAUCGAUCCUUAAUUAGUCAAUUAUUGUUAUUUAUUUGUCGAUCAAACCGCGCGUGAUCUUUAGUGAUCCCAAUAAAUUCCAAAUGCCGUA